AGGUCGGCUCUGAGGCUUAUUAAGAUACCAACUUGGAGACCAGAUAGAGUCAUCCCGUCUCCAGUGGGUGUUCUCAAACUGUACUUUGCAGAACUCUUAGUGCGGUCGCCGGGUGGAAGGUUCAGGUUUCACUCUCCAGGGACCUCGAGCCUCUGCAGCGCCUGGUCGCUCGCGGAAGAGCGUUUGCAAGCGGCAGUCGCGCGCUCCGCCUGCGCUCCACCGAGAGGCCCCACGACGCUGCUGGCCGAGCCAGGAGGCGGCGAUCCUGGCUGGGCCGGGACUUCCUUCCUCCCGGGAGGGACAACUGACUCCCCCCCCACCCCACCCGCAGCCCGCGCCGAGCUCCGGUGCUAGCGCGCAGCGAUGGGCUCCCUGCUGAGCAGCGAUAGCUCUAAGACCGCGCCCGCCUCCGCCGCCCCGCGGCCCCUGGAGCGCAGCCGGGACCCGGAGCUGCCCAUCACCUCCUUCGACUGCUCAGUGUGCCUGGAGGUGCUACAUCAGCCGGUUCGGACCCGCUGUGGCCACGUGUUCUGCCGAUCGUGUAUUGCGACCAGUAUAAAAAAUAAUAAAUGGACCUGUCCAUACUGCCGAGCAUACCUUCCUUCGGAGGGAGUGCCAGCCACUGACAUAGCCAAGAGAAUGAAGUCAGAAUACCAGAACUGUACUGAGUGCGGGACUCUGGUUUGCCUCAGUGACAUGAGGACGCACAUAAGGACUUGUGAGAAGUACAUUGACAAAUAUGGACCACUGCAAGAACUUGGCGAGACAACAACAAGAUGUAUCUGUCCAUUUUGUCAGAAGGAACUGGAAGAAGACUGCUUGCUGGAUCAUUGCAUUACCUACCACAGAUCAGAGAGGAGGCCUGUGUUCUGCCCGCUUUGCCAUUUGCUACCUAAUGAGAGCCCAAGUACCUUCAACGGCAGUUUAAUUAGACAUCUGCAAGUCAGCCACACUUUGUUUUAUGAUGAUUUCAUAGAUUUUGAUAUAAUCGAGGAAGCCCUUAUCCGAAGAGUGUUAGACCGCUCACUUCUUGAAUAUGUGAAUCACUCAAACACCACAUAAGUUUAUAACUAGUGAAGGACCGUUCCCUUGUACCAUUUAAGAUGCUGCUUGAAGGACUGGGGAGACUGUCAGUGUUUCAUGGAGAGAAAUGUACUACAGUGUUACACUCUUGUCUUUGUUAUAUUGCAUUCAAAAACCGCUUUCAUUCUGGUCUAGAUCUGCCUUUACAAUCUUGAGUUUCUUAGACAUUUAACCACAGGCAAUCGGCUCCACAAGCUAUUGGCAAAUGGGAGAGACACAGGCUGAGUAUGUGUGCAGGAGCUCCGUGUGCACAUUGGUGAUGCUGUGCAGAAUGCCACUGUUCCUGACUGUCAUCAUGGUUAGGCAAGAUGACCGAUUUCUGUUCGACACAAGAAGACAGAGAAAGGAACAAAAUGUGGACAUUAAAGGAAACCUGAAAUGUAUUGAAAUCCUCAUGCUCUAAUCUCUAAUAAAGGAAUGUGGACAAUCUUAUGUCCACAUUAAAAGGAGGAGGAAGGGAAAGAAUUUGAAGUCAACAAAAUCCAUUUUAACCAAAUUAUAGUACAUAAUACUAUAACAGAUUUUGUGUUUGGAAUGUAUAGUUACCUGGGCAUGGUGAUGCAUGCCUGCAGUCCUAGUGUUUGGGAGGAGGAAGAAUCAGAAGUGCAAUGAGACCAUAAAAAACAUUAAAAAACUGAAAAAAGAAAAAAUUUAUGUGAACUUAACUAUUGACAUACUAUACAUGCAUAUAUAAAAAUUUGAUAGAAUAUUUUUCAAAUAUUUUUAGCUUACUAUUUAGAAGUAUUUUAUAAUAUAGGUGAUUUCUUAAGACCUAUCUGUUGAUAUCCGUGGUUGAAGUUUUCACAUUGGUAAUUUUGCAUGGAAUUCCCAGGCUUUGUUUUUAAUUUUAACAUCUUAAAAGGUAUAAAAUAAAGCACACAUACUAAAAACCAGAUACAAAAUGUAUAGCUGAAUGUAUUGUUAUAAGAAGCAUUAUUGCUCAUGGAUGGUGACAUGCAUAUUGCUGAGAGACAGAGCAGGAUUGUUUCAAGUUCAAAACCAAUCUGGGCUACAAGUUGCAGGCCUGCUUGGGCUAUAGUGUGAGACCCAGUCUCAAAACCAAAGAAAUAAAGCAUUAUGAACUCAUGUAUCUAGACAUCUAUCAGUGAACUUCCUUCCAUUACCAAUGUCACUUUACUGAGGUUCAACUUCUCUUUUCUUUGGCUGCUCCUCGAAGGUUGGCUGAGUCCUUUGAACACUUUAUUCCUUUCCCUGCUGUCUGCUACAGCAAGAUCUUUCCUGCUGAACCUGUGUUUGCUACUAUGGGUCUGAAAUCAUCAACUCUCUUAGAAGCCUGGUUGCUUUCUGUGCAGAAUGGUAUUUCAAACCACAAUCUGAAGCUAGGGAUAGUAGCCCAUGCCUCUAAGGAGGAUCUGUUGAAGAUCUUCCUCAGCUACAUGGCGUGGUCAAGGACAGCCUAUGCUACACAAGGCCCUAUCUCAACUCACCCCCUUUCUCAUUCCAGAGAAAGUCUCUAUGGAUAAUUACUGCUGUUGGGGUGGCCAUUGUUUGAAGGAGCGAGCUGGGCAACAGCUAUGUGUUUGUUUAAAGAGAGAACACUUCAUAGUCAAGCAUGGUGGUCAUGGUAGUCCAGGGUGGUUGCUAACUUGAGACCCUCUUGCUUCAGCCUCCUGUGUGUGAGGAUACAGGUGUGUGUUACCGUGCCUGGCAGUUAUUCCCCAUUUUCAAAAGUAGUUUAUUGUGCCAACAUUCUUUUGUUAUGCUGUGCUCUCUCCCUUUUAUCCCCCAGUUCGGCCAAUAGUGUAUAUUUAUUAUUACUGAGUUUUCACAUUUGAUUCUUUAAUGACACGUUCAGGACACUGAAAAGAAUUUCCAUUUUGAAAUGAAGAAAAAAAGGUAACAAAGACUAACCAUCAACUCCUGAGGGUGAAAUGCUAUUUGACUUAAAAGUAGCAUCUUUAAAGGGCUGGUGAGAUGGCUCAGUAGGCAAAGGCACUUGCUACCAAGCCUAGCAAUCUGAGUUUUGAUCCCUGUGACCCACAUAAAAGAGAACUAGCUCCCAGAAAGUGCUGGCAUGAUGGGUAACACACACACACACACACACACACACACACACACACACACACAAACAUAGUACAGCUUAAGUUGUAAUGAUUUAUAAGCGUCAUUCGUGCACAACAACAUUGUCACAAUCAGGUGCUGUGAUUUCUUCCCCUCCUUUGUGAGACAGCUUCUCCAUAUGUAUACCUGGCUGAUCUUGAACUCACUGGGUAGGGCAAACUGGCCUUGAACAUUAGUUGAUCUUCCUGCUUCUGCCUCCUAGUGCUGGGAUUUAGAUGUGGGCCACUGGUUUCUAAAAUUUCUCUAAUGAAUUCUCCAUAACUACUUUGAUAUUGCUACUGUUUUUCCGCCCAGGACAAGGUCACUUGGGAGAUAUAAA